CGCGACUGGCCGGGCGACGAGGACAGGCGUUGCUAAAACCCCGCAGAGAGGUCUUUCCAUCGCUCCGAUCGGCCUUGUGAGCGAUCGGACAGAGGAUCUCUGCAGCGAUCGCGCGAUAGCGACUCGUCUCGCUCUUGCAAUCGAGACAGGAUCCCAUUCGAGCUCGACCGUUCCUGUGGCGUACCCGCUCCACUGACGCCUCGUCAGAGGCUGCACUCGCUUCGUGAGGGCAAUCCCCAGAGCUCGAAUAAGGCUGGUCUGUUGACUACUAGUCUGACACAUCAAGGCUCGGCCAGUCUAAUCCAAUCCAUCCGGGCAGCCGGCACUGCUCAUUCUUGAUCCUCACACCUCUCACAGCCGCCCUUGUGCCCGACGACAUACGUCAUGGACCAGGCGACGAAGAAGCAGAGGCAGCAAGCCGCGAUCUCACAGAUCAGAAAUAAGCCACCCGUGCCUGCCAUCGAUUUCACCCAACAUGUUCAGGAGGAUGGCACCGCUGUCUCUACCACAGAACGAGUCAUCAAGGAGGUCGUCGCGCCGGCCUUCCAUGUACCGACAGACGAGCAGUUCUACACUUCCUCUGACAAGUCCAUGCCGGACAUUGCCUUUCUCAAGAACCACUUUUACCGCGAAGGCAGAUUGACGGAGGAGCAAGCGCUCUUCAUCCUGAGUAAAGCGACAGAAGUGCUCAAGACAGAACCCAAUCUGCUCGAAGUCGACGCGCCCAUCACAGUCUGCGGCGAUAUACACGGUCAAUACUUUGACCUCAUGAAGCUCUUCGAAGUCGGCGGAAAUCCAGCCGACACGCGGUAUCUCUUCCUAGGCGAUUACGUCGACCGAGGCUACUUCUCCAUCGAAUGUGUCCUGUAUCUCUGGGCGCUCAAGAUCCAUUAUCCGACGACGCUGUUCUUACUGAGAGGCAAUCACGAGUGCCGGCAUUUGACAGACUACUUUACCUUUCGCUUAGAGUGCAAGCACAAAUAUUCCGAAGUGGUCUACGAUGCCUGCAUGGAGUCCUUCUGUUCUCUACCACUUGCUGCCGUCAUGAACAAGCAGUUCCUCUGUAUCCACGGCGGUCUCUCCCCAGAGCUCAACACGCUCGACGAUCUCCGUCACAUCAAUCGCUUCAGGGAGCCACCUACAAAUGGUCUCAUGUGCGACAUACUCUGGGCGGAUCCUCUCGAAGAAUUCGGCAUCGAAAAGAAUGAGGAGGGCUUCGUGCACAAUCAUGUCAGAGGCUGCUCUUUCUUCUUCAGCUACCACGCGGCAUGCGCAUUCCUCGAGCGCAACGGUCUACUAUCUAUCAUCAGAGCCCACGAGGCACAGGAUGCUGGAUAUCGAAUGUAUCGCAAGACAAAGACGACGGGCUUUCCUUCGGUCAUGACAAUCUUCUCCGCGCCCAAUUAUCUGGACGUCUACAACAACAAGGCUGCCGUGCUCAAGUACGAGAAUAACGUGAUGAACAUCAGACAAUUCAACUGCACGCCACAUCCAUACUGGCUGCCCAAUUUCAUGGACGUCUUUACGUGGUCAUUGCCCUUUGUCGGCGAGAAGAUUACGGAUAUGCUCAUCGCUCUGCUAGGCAUCUGCAGCAAAGAGGAGCUCGACGAGGAAGAAGAGGAGGAAGAGGUGCUCGAUGAGGAGGAUGCAGAGAUGGAAGGCGCGACACCUGAAGAGAACGCGGAACGGCGCAAGAUUAUCAAGAACAAGAUUCUCGCCGUCGGCAAGAUGUCGAGAGUCUUCUCCGUCUUGCGAGAAGAAUCAGAAGCCGUUUCUGAGCUCAAAUCCAUCUCUGGCACUUCUGAUCUUCCAUACGGCACACUGGCCAACGGGGCAGAAGGCAUCAAGGACGCCAUCACUGGCUUUGACGAUGCUCGCAAGUCUGAUAUCGAGAACGAACGCCUGCCACCCGAUCUGUACGAGGCUACAGAUGAAGACUUUGCUUCGCCGAUGAGCACGCCUGCUGCCUCCAUCCCGCCCAGCCCAAGUGGCAUGUCACUCGAGGAUCACUCCACAACGCCCUCGAGUCCCGUCAUGUCUGACUCUGCCGGUCGAGUGCCCGGCUCACCCUCGAUGGACACCGAAGGAAGCAGCACGGGCGUCAAGAAGCGAGACAGCUUCAAGCGUGGACACUCUCGCUCUGGCAGUCUGGGCACCACCAUGACCUCGCCCAGCACACGAAGGCGGUCUCUGGAGAACACGAUCAGCAUGAUCAGAGAAGCGAUGGAAUCCAAAGAUCAGAAGAUGGAGGAUCUCGCAAACGGCGUGGCUUAUGCUGCCGAAGCCCAGGAAGAAUCUUCGAGCAGACCCAGCACGCCUCGCAAAUCUUAGUCUGACGGUGACGUUGUAAUGACUCGUUCGCAUUUUGCAUACAAAGAUUCUCUACACCACGAAUGCUUACAAUCUCGAUAUGAGGCAUGAUGGUCAGCGGAAGAGGUGGGCUAGACGCCGUUGGUCAGCUUGUGAUCGAGAUCCAUGCUGCUCGCUCCGUUGACGAGUUCUUCGUCU